GCAAAUGAUGCCGUGGUAUGUUGGUCUUUAUCAUAAAGAUGAGGACAGUCUAAUCAUUCAGGUCUUACGUGAUGUCAUAUCUUCACUCUCCACCUUACAUACAUCCAGAUUUUGGGACGAAGGAACCACCAUUAGUGCCAGCCGCUCAAAUAUACAAAGACUUAGUCACACCAUUAUUAACAAGCGAAGAUGAUGAUGUCAUUUCUCCUAUCUUUGUACUGAAUAUGUUAAUGAAAUGUCUUUCCUGUGGUCUGAUCUCUACGGGUAAUCAGUCGCACUGGAUUCUCGAUCAAGAACCUUUGCAACUAUUGUUUAUUUUGUUGGAAAUGUACCAAGAUUGCGAGCAGUUUUGGAACGACUGGGUGAUGAAUUCGAGAGACGACGAGAUGGUGGGGAAUGAUGUCGCGUUGGAUGAAGCGUGGACCGAGAUGAACGUUGUUUUGAAAAUUGUUGAAGAAUUUCUGAUUCCUUUACUGGCCGAAAAUAUUUCUCACGAACCUGUCAGAUAUCAUGAUUAUAUCCCUUCUAUUCAAGACCAUUUAAACAUGCAAGAUUGGACGCCAUCACUAUUGCUAAUACCAUUGUUACAAAAUGAUAUAUUCAAGAAAUGCACAAUAAAGGUACCCAGUCCUAUCAUUGAUCUGUUUUCAAGCCAUCUAAAUGUGGAACCAAUUCAAGACCAAGAGUCACCAUUCUGGACGAUGUACUUCAGAGGUUGCGCUUCGUCCAAUGAGGUGUGUGGAAUGUGUUUAUCAAAACUGGAGGAGGGUGACGCUUUUAAAAAAGAAGCUUGUGACAACAAUCAAAUAAUUCAUGCUUUAGCCACGCUUCUGCCGUUCUGCUCUUGGACACAAUGGAAAAGAGUAUUAAGAGUAACCGCAGAAAUGAUGAAGUAUAAAUAUCUGGUUCUACCAGAGGAUUGGAAAACUGAUAUGAUGGUACUUCCAGAUAUUUCCAACUCAGAUGACAGUCUUCCAACAUCUGAGCUGUUAUUAUUAAUACUUCGCGAUAUAUCUAGAAACGAUUGGACAACAGCUUAUGUAUGGAAUACUGCACUUAAGAACUAUGUCUCAACGAUGAAGGAGCUAUCUUUGGAAAUCGGCAAGAAUAAUAACUUUGAGGUCUCAUGUCAUGUUUUGGCUCAUCUUGCAUACAUCGCAUUCAAGAUAGUUCCAGAAGCUCUCCAAGAGAACAUCAUCAUUAUAUUGCUUGAUAUUUUUAAUCAAUGUCUUUUGCGUGUUUCCGAUGAAAAUAUGGACCAGUGUUUGAACUAUUUGCAAGGUAUUUGCGAUAUGAUAUCUCGUACUGAACUCAAGCUCACUAUGAAGACUAAAAUGGAUAAGAUGUUUCCAGCCAACGUCCUAUCAUGAUCACAGGAGUGUCCAGUAAUUUGGGAAAUGAUAUCGUCGCUUUCUUAAUCCAUACAGGUAUUUUAACAUUCGUUGU